GGAUGGCUGUAUUGACUGGUCAGUGGAUCUCAAGACAUACAUGGCUUUGGCAGGCGAACCUGUCAGAGUGAAAUGUGCCCUUUUCUACAGUUAUAUCCGUACCAACUAUAGCAUGGCCCAGAGUACUGGGCUUAGGCUCAUGUGGUACAAAAACAAAGGUGAUUUGGAAGAGCCUAUUAUCUUCUCAGAGGUCAGGAUGAGCAAAGAGGAAGAUUCCAUAUGGUUUCACUCCGCUGAGGCACAAGACAGUGGAUUCUACACUUGUGUUUUAAGAAACUCCACCUACUGUAUGAAGGUGUCAAUGUCCUUGACUGUUGCGGAGAAUGAAUCAGGCCUCUGCUACAAUAGCAGGAUCCGCUACUUAGAGAAAUCUGAAGUUACUAAACGAAAGGAAAUCUCCUGCCCAGACAUGGACGACUUUAAGAAGUCUGAUCAGGAACCUGAUGUAGUAUGGUACAAGGAAUGCAAGCCAAAAAUGUGGAGAAGCAUCAUAAUACAGAAGGGAAAUGCUCUUCUCAUUCAGGAAGUUCAAGAAGAAGAUGGUGGAAAUUACACAUGUGAACUUAAAUAUGAAGGAAAACUUGUAAGACGAACAACAGAACUGAAAGUUACAGCUUUACUCACAGACAAGCCUCCAAAGCCAUUGUUCCCCAUGGAAAAUCAGCCAAGUGUUAUAGAUGUCCAGCUGGGUAAACCUCUGAACAUCCCUUGUAAAGCAUUCUUUGGAUUCAGUGGAGAGUCUGGACCAAUGAUAUAUUGGAUGAAAGGAGAGAAGUUUAUUGAAGAACUGGCAGGUCACAUUAGAGAAGGUGAAAUAAGGUAUAGGAGCCCAGUUGUUUGUUUUUCUUUGAUAUCAUUGCAAUUAAUCAAUAAAUCAUGCUAGGGGAAUUCU